AGUAAUUUAAUCAUGUUUCAAUAACGUAACAUAUAAACGCAAGAUGAGAUUAGUCAUUAAUGAAUCCUAAUGAAAGAUUGUGACUUUGCAAAGUUAUUGCAAUAUUGUUAUUUCAUUAAUUAACAAUUUUUAAUUAAAAUUAUUUUAUUCGAGCUUUUGUUUACCAAAAUCGAUCAAAACAUAUCAACGAUCGAUAUUGAAGUUAUCGAUACUAAUUCGAAAUACAUUUAAGUGACAUAACCUGAAUAAAAGUAAAACCGGCGAAUACUGUAACAUUGUAAACUUAUUAUUUAAGUUGGGAAUUAAAAUAAAUAAUUCAAAUAUGGAUGCUUCGAUUAUCAGAAAUAUGAAGGAUUUCCAUAGUUUGUUUAAUCAAAUAUCUGAAACAUGUUUCAAGACAUGCAUGAGUACAUUUAUGUCAAGGGAUAUAUCUACAGAAGAGAUUCAAUGCAUAGAGAACUGUUCAGGCAAACAUAUCCACGCGAAUCAUAAAGUAAUGCAAGUAUUUAUGGAAGUGCAAUCUGCUAUCACUCGUAAAAACAUGGAGGAAUUUGAAAAGACUCAGGCUGCUUUAGAUGCAGCACGAAAAGAGCAGAAUUCUGAAAGCAAUGAAUAGUCAAUUUUGUAAAUUAAUUAGGUCCUCUAUUAAAUAUACUUUUUAAACCUAACUGUAUUUCAAGUUACUUCUCUUUCUGUAUAUAUUUAUUGUUAUUUAUAAUUAUUUACCAAUUAAUUCUUGUAAAACACUUAUAUAUUUUAUGAAAAUAUUCUAUGAAAAUAAUAAAUAUACAAAAUACUAUAAUUACCUUUUUGAUAAUACAUUUCUAGUUUUUAAAUAAAACUUGAUAUUUUGAUAGGAAACAGUGCUAGUAAUUAACAAGAAUUCUAUACAAAGCAAGAUAUAUAAGCAUUCAUUUAUUGUUUGGAGUUUGUAUACACAUAAUAUACACACAAUAACAUCAUGAUUAGGAACAUAAUAUAGUAGCUACAAUACAUUUCAUAACUUAAAAAGUGCUUCAACUGGAUAUUUCAAGUUAUUCUGUGUAACUUCUCAUUCUUAUUUCUACUUAAUAAAUAUAAGAUUUUAUUUUUAUUUAA